GAGGAACUAAGAUGUAACAGCGAUAUGAAUUGAGUCAUACCGAAGCCAGACUAUCGAGAUGGUCGGGUGAUGAGGAGAGAGAGGAUGUAUGAGGUGGCUUGAGAAUCCAGGUAUAAAAGAAAGGCGAUGUCCUUGCGAUAUGCGACAAUGGCUCCUCAAACUUGGCUUAUCACUGGUGCUUCGUCCGGCCUCGGCCUGCACCUCGCCAUCAUUGCCGCAAAGCAGGGCAACAAGGUCAUUGCCACAACACGCUCUCUGACUAGAGCUCAGAACAUCACAGACAAUAACAUCCAAGUCGCUCGUCUUGACCAGAAUGAGCCACUAGACAAGAUCAAGGCUGAUGUUGAUGCCAUUGUCAAGGUUCACGGCCCCAUUGACAUCGUCGUCAACUGCGCAGCUUAUGUUCACACCGGCAUCCUCGAGGAUCUCACACCAGAGGACACAUAUGCGCAGUUUCAAACCAAUGUCUUUGGUGCUCUCAACGUCUACCGUGCCAUUCUUCCUCACCUAAGAGAAAAGAGAUCUGGAACCCUGGUGACCAUCGGGUCAAUGGCCGCAUGGUUCGCUCACCCCGCGGCCAGCAUAUACAACGCAUCCAAGGCUGCUAUCCGGUGGCUCAGUUUCGGUCUCGCCAGCGAAGUCAAGCCUCUGGGCAUCAAACAUCUGCUUGUAGAGCCUGGCCGCUUCCGAACGGAACUGCUGAAACAGGACGGCAACUUCAGAACAUCAAACGGGAGCGACGGCAUCGCCGAUUACAGAGCAAUCAGCGAAGCAGUCAAGGAGGGUAUUGCUCGCGAGGCCAACAAGCAGCCUGGCGACCCUGUCAAGGGAGCUCAAGUCAUCUACGACGUCGUGACCUCCAGCGGCGUAGCCCAAGGCAAGGAACUGCCAGAAUUCCUGCCUUUGGGACAGGAUGCCAUUGAGGAAAUCACCAAGUCGGCACAAUCGGCAAUUGAUAUCUGUCAGGCAUGGAAGGAGAUUGCCAGUUCAACAGACUAUUAAGAAGCGCUAUGAGAUAUGAUGUCUGGAAAACAAUUAGCAUGUACAUAGUUUAAAAUAGAAAUGACUAUCCAGUGCACCUAUAAUAUACCGUAUCCCGC